UAAGCUGCACUGCAAAUGAAUUUCAUAAAACAAACUACUUAAAAAUUUUCUUAAAAAUUCUCUCCAGCUCCAGCCCAGCCUUAGAAUUUAGACCAUCAUAACCGACCAGAGACUAUCCUUCGACUAUCCUUACCUACCCAGGUUUUCAGCGAACCGAACUGUAAACUGUGGUUACAGCUAAAAUUGUAUUGGAAGGCCGUUUGGCAUUAUUCGUGUAGCGUUCGAAAGUGAAGUGUGGGGAUUGUUAGCCAGGAUGAAUCUGACUGGCAAAAAUGUUCUGCUCACAAGUAAUGGAGAUGAGGUUUCUUUUAACUUAGCCCUCAAUUUGUGCAAGACUGGCUGCAGACUUGUGCUGGCUGGCAAUGGUUCCGAUUUUAGCAGCAGUGCGGAGCGUCUCAAGAAUUAUGUCAAUGGCAGCAUAGUUGGUGUGGCUGAGCUCGAUAUGAGUAGCACUGAAUCGGUAGUCGAUGAAGCAAUUCACAAAGCAUGGCGGAGUCUCGGUCACAUUGAUGCUUUAGUCAAUUGCUACGCUUACGAAGGCAAUGUAACACCACCCCUUGACGUUAAGGAAGAUGAAUUGGACAAGAUAAUACGACUUAAUCUCAAGGGAACAUGGCUUGUCUGCAAGGCGGUUGGUAAGCGGAUGCGGGAUAAUGCAAUUGGGGGGUCCUUCAUUCUCCUUACAACAAUCAUUGGCGGUGAAAGAGGGCUUUACCCGGGAGCUUCUGCUUAUGGUGCUUGUUUGGCUGGUGUCAAUCAUCUUGCAAGGGCUUUGGCAAUGGAGCUGGGGAAGUAUAAGAUCAGAGUCAAUGCAGUUGCCCGUGGAUUACACGAUUCUGAUGCUUUUCUUCAGACAUUUAGCGAGGAUAAGAAAGAAAAAUCAGUCAAGGAUAUUGUUCCAUUGCAAAGAUGGCUAGAUGUAAAGAACGACCUUACUUCUAUUGUUCUCUACUUAGUGGCUGAUGAUUCUUCUUUCAUGACUGGAACUGUUAUAUAUAUUGAUGGGGGCCAGUCAAUAGUAAGACCACGUAUGCGUUCAUAUAUGUAAAGAAGGAAGGUUUGAGGGAAACUUCAUAGGGUUUUGGUUUUUUUGGCAAUUGUGUUUUCAUUGAAAGUAUCAUUUCCUAUGAAUUUGUAGGGAUAAAAGUCGUGGUAAAUGGUCAAAAUAGUGGUGCAUCCCAGUAUGUUUAUUAUAAAGUACAGCCAUGUUAACGGUUUUAUAAUUUAUUGUCUAUGAUGAAGGAAAUGUGAUUCUAAUAAAUUAUAUUCUUCAUUGUAGUUGACUUUCCCGUUCAUGUAAUUGUUACAAAGCUUUAAAUAUGACAGUUACUGCUGCUAACAAAAGCAGAAACUAUGCUUCA